UCUUACUUAUGCGCUCCUCAAAGUCUUGAUUCAGUCAAACAUUCCAUCAAAAACCCUAUCAAAACCCUUUCUCUCUGUUUCGGCUUCUUCGACCUCAGUGUCUCACUGUCCGAAGCCGAGCGGCACGUUGAAGCAGGGCGCUGUUCUACGAAAAUGCCGCUUGGAGAUAGAGCUGGUGACAAGAGCGAGUCUCGCUAUUGUGGCGUCGAGACUGAAUUUGAUGACGACGUGCCUCAGCUCCUGCUCUCAAAUCUCUCUUCUGCUGGAUUUGAUUUUGUCGUCGCUCCUCUGAUGGAUCCAUCCUAUCGACCAAGCUUGAUGCAGAAAAAAAAUGGUGGUUCUGCCGUUCUCCCAUUUGCUGGAUCGGACUUGGUUUUAAGCCCAGCUCAGUGGAGCAGCCACGUUGUUGGAAAAAUUAGUUCUUGGAUCGACUUAGAUUCUGAAGAUGAUAUUCUACGAAUUGAUUCUGAGACAACUCUAAAGCAAGAGAUUGCAUGGGCUUCUCAUCUCUCUCUGCAGGCAUGCCUUCUUCCAGCACCUAAGGGAACAUCAUAUGCUAAUUAUGCAAGGUGUGUCCAUCAGAUUUUGCAGGGCCUUAAUAAUAUGCAGUUGUGGCUCAGGAUACCUCUGGUGAAGGUUGAUGAUGAUUCUACAGAUGUGAAGUCUGAUCAUUUGGUUGAUUCUUGGAAUUUGUGGAACUCAUUUCGUCUACUUUGCGAGCACCACAGUCAGUUAUCAAUUGCACUUGACGUUUUAAGUACGUUGCCUUCACCAAAUGCGCUUGGACGAUGGUUUGGGGAGUCUGUCAGAGCGGCCAUAUUUAGUACUGAUUGUUUCUUGACAAAUUCACGGGGAUAUCCAUGCCUGUCGAAGCGGCACCAGAAGUUGAUUACGGGACUUUUCAAUCAUUCCAUUCAGGUAGUUUUAUCUGGGAAACCAUUGCACAAUGUUUCAAGGGGAUCUGCAGAUUCGUCUACUGGUCUGAACAAAAAUCCUUCAGGUGUACAAUCUCAUCCGUUGAGGUGCUAUUUAGAUUAUAUUGCUUUUCUUUACCAGAGAAUGGACCCACUUCCUGAGCAAGAACGAAUUGAGCUGGGAUACAGGGACUACUUACAGGCCCCUCUCCAACCUCUUAUGGAUAACCUAGAGUCUCAAACUUAUGAAACUUUUGAGAAAGAUGCAGUCAAAUACAUUCAGUACCAACGAGCAAUUGUUAAAGCUUUAAAAGAUAGGGUGCCAGAUGAGAAGGCAUCUUCAAUAACAACAGUAUUGAUGGUCGUAGGCGCAGGUCGUGGACCUCUUGUUAGGGCUGCAUUGCAGGCUGGAGAAGAAACGGGUCGCAAACUGAAAGUUUAUGCUGUGGAGAAAAAUCCCAAUGCAGUUGUCACGCUUCAUAGUUUGGUUAAAAUGGAAGGUUGGGAAAAGAUUGUUACCAUAAUUUCUUGCGACAUGCGUUACUGGGAUGCUUCAGAGCAGGCUGACAUUUUGGUCAGUGAGUUGCUGGGCUCUUUUGGUGACAACGAACUAUCUCCUGAGUGUCUUGAUGGUGCCCAAAGAUUUUUAAAACAGGAUGGCAUUUCAAUACCUUCUUCGUACACGAGUUUCAUCCAACCAAUUACAGCCUCCAAGCUAUACAAUGAUGUUAAGGCACAUAAAGAUUUGUCCCACUUUGAAACUGCGUAUGUUGUCAAACUGCACAAUGUGGCAAGACUCUCGCCUCCUCAGCCUGCUUUUACCUUUACUCACCCAAACCGGACACCUGAACAAAGCAAUCAGCGAUAUAAGAAGCUCGUAUUCGAGAUACCGAACGAUACCGGUGCAGCCCUAGUUCACGGUUUUGCUGGCUAUUUUGAUGCGAUAUUAUACGACGACGUACAUUUGGGCAUUGAACCAUCAACAGCAACACCAAAUAUGUUCAGUUGGUUCGCUAUAUUUUUCCCAUUAAGGACUCCAAUGUGCGUGCGACCUGGUUCUCCGGUAGAAGUACAUUUUUGGCGUUGUUGUAGUCCUAACAAGGUUUGGUACGAGUGGUGUGUAACAUCUCCUUACCAAUCUCCGCUACAUAACGGUAACGGUCGUUCAUAUUGGGUCGGCCUAUAAAGAAAUAGAAAGAAAAUACUCGAGUUCUCAUCUGUGGCUAUGUGGUAAUAUAGUAAUUUCCUCUUUCGAAAUACACAUAUUAUAACUCUUUUUUGUGUCCUUUUAGAAUGUCGACUCUUUGCCAAAUGCAAAAUUACGCGUUGCUUGUCUUAGCAGUGCAGAAUUGUAGGAUGAUAUGUAGUUUUAAUGUAGAAUAAGUUUUAUAUCGACACCUAAGCAUGAAUGUUUUUCGAUCUUACUACUAGAUCAUUUUUUUAGUGAAUGUACAUUUAUAAAAUCACAUUUUUCCAUUUCUAAA